UAUUGCAAUGGCCCGAUCACAAGCCCAGGACGUCAUUCGAUGUCAAUACUGCGAGGACGAGCCCGCUGUCUUCCAUUGUGUUCCUUGUGGAGAUGAACUCUGUUCUCGAUGUAAAGAUUUCCAUCUUAAAAGCAAAGUUCCCUCUGGACACAACAUCGUCCGUCUGUCUGAGAGACUUCAUCCAGCCAAUCAGAUCAAAAUGUGUGAAGUCCAUCAAUCUAAAGCGUACGAAGCUUGCUGCGAAGAUUGUCAAGUCCCGUGUGUAUAACGUGCAUACAGGAAGUGCAUGGAAAACACGCCAUCGGGAAAUUACAGGAUAUGUACGAGAAACAAAAGGCUGAAACUGAAGAUGAAUUGUCUAUAAUGAAGGGACAAUAUAAGUCUGAGAUUAUUCAAAGAAUAAAGGAUUUCAAAAAUCGAGAAAGGGAAACAAAGACCAGCCAUAAAGAUAUAAGAGAAAAAAUGAAGAAACAAGCUCUGGAUUUUAUAGACCAUAUCAGCGCCAUUUUGAAGGAAGCUUUGAAUGAAUCUUCAAAAGACAAGAGAGAAACAUUAAUGGAAAUAUCUCAGUAUACAGCAGAGGCAGAAAGAUUCGAACAAAACUUGGAUCAAUUGAUUGAGAAAUUUGAAACUCUUACAGAAUCCAGUCAUCCCGCCGACCUUAUAUUGUACCGAAAGAGAAAUUCUGACACUUUCAAAAGAUUGAAAUUUCCAGAAAAAAUUAAUCUUACUUUGCCUUCAUUUACAAUCGGUCAGAUCAACAAAACUCAAAAUAAGCAUCAGUUUGGUAAAUUCAUGAGAGGUCAACUCAGCCAUCUUAAAUCAAGCGAUGAUAGCUUACGAGUUUACGAUCAGUCUAGGUCUUCAAACGUAAAACCAUCUAUCAAAAAAGUAUCGAGACGUCCAGUAAGAAUUAACGAAACAAAAACCCAAAAGAGGGUGCUUUAUCACGUGAGUUAUCGUGAUGACAGAUCGGCGUACGUCAGUGGUGAUGGUCCUGGAAUACAACUGAUACACAGGUCUGGGACAGAGCUGGAUAACAUCAGUACUGACGGAGAACCAUUUGGUCUGGCUGUGAUGAGGGACGGAAGUCUAAUCUAUCCUGAUUACAGCAAUCAAGUUAUCUAUAGAGUGUCACUCAAUAAACAGAAAACAGAACUUAUAAAUACAGGUUAUGGUACUAAAGGACUGUGUUGUACACGGUCAGGUGAUAUCCUGGUCUGUAUGGAUUAUGUCAUGUUAACAAGGAGAGUGGUCAAGUACAGCAGCAAUGGUUGGAAGAUCCAGGAAUUCCAUACAGAUCAGAACGGAGAGAGUCUUUUUAAUGGACCAAGGUUUGUCUGUGAGAAUAUCAACGAGGAUAUCUGUGUUUCUGAUUCAUUAAAUAAAGUGGUCAAUAAAGUGGUUGUACUAAACAAGUCUGGAAAUCUUCGGUUUAAGUAUGACGGAAAAGUCCCUAAACAGACGUUAAAAAAAGAAUUCGAUCCGCGUGGUGUGGCUACCGACAGUCAGGGUCACAUCCUUAUAGCAGACAAGGCAAAUAACGCCGUACACCUGAUCAGCCAGGACGGGGACUUCCUGUCUUACAUCCUGACAAAGGAUGAUGGGAUAUCACGACCAUGGGGGAUCUCUGUGGACACGUCCGACAACUUGUGGAUUGUGGAAGGAGAAAACGCCUGUAUCAAAGUGUUUCACUAUUUGUCUUCACUUUGA